GCUAGAAAUUCCCCGAUUGCCAAUGACAGAAUACAGGAUAGAAAUAAUAAUAAUCAAAUAAACGAAUAACAAUAACAAUAAUAAUAAUCGAGUGAAAAAGUCACUGACUCAUGAAAUAGAAGAGAAAAUAAAAGCCGAGAUGAGGUUGUUGCCGUCUAAAUAUUUUAAACGUAAUUCUAGUUAUGCUUUGUUGCUCGAUAGGCUGCUUAUGGAAUUGAAAAUUAUGCCUAAUGCCAAAGAUGAUAUUUGGAGUAUUCCUAAUAAUAAUUGGCCAGAUGCGCAUCAUUUAUUACCACCAGCAGCGCCAGAGCUAGGAACAAUUUUAAACGCGUUGCGUAAAACCAAAGUAGUAAAAGUAUCAAAUGCCCAGGUGGGAACGCAAUUGAAAUUAAUGCUAACAUUAGAACCAAAUGUCAAAGCAAUAUUCAAACCACAAUGGUACUCCAGGGACACUGUUUUACACGGUCCAGUGUACUUUGGAAAAGACAGGCACAAUGCUGAAAUUGUUGCUUUUCAUUUGUCGUCUUUACUUGGCCUAAGACGCGUUCCUUUAACAGUUAUUAGAAAAUUAAAUUUAAAAGAAAGUAAAGCUACAGCAGAAGUAUCAGCGACGAUGUUUGAAGAAGCUAAUGAAACUUGUUUAUAUGGAAAUUGUCAUUAUUGUUCAGCGUCGGAUCCUGUUUGUAGUACUAAUAAUAUACUUGAAGGUGCUUUAAUUCUAUGGUUACCAUCCUCCUUUUUAAACAUCGACAUCCUUGGCAGAGAACUUAUAAACGUAAAGGAAAGCAAAACAUAUGCUCCUCAUGCCUCUAGUCGUCUUCUCGACUUAAUAGACACAGCGAUCUUCGAUUUUCUCCUUGAUAAUGGAGACCGUCAUCACUACGAAUUGAUGCAGAACAAUUUCCAUAAUCCGGUUGUAUUAUUAAUAGAUAAUGGAAAAAGCUUGGCGAAUCCCGACAUCGAUCAUAUCGACAUACUGGCUCCGCUGUACCAGUGUUGCAUGAUUCAUAAAACAACGUGGGAUAGGCUGCAAUUACUAGGCGGAGGAGCUUUAAGUGCUUCAUUGAGGCAACUUCUAGCUCAAGAAGCCGUAGAGUCCGAGGUUCUUCCCCUCAUAACUGAAGAUUAUCUCAGCGCUAUGGAUAGAAGAUUACUUACAAUCUAUGCGGUCGUCGAGUACUGCUUAAAACUUAAAAAAUAUCCUUCUAAUGUUAUUUUAGAUCAUCGAUGA